AGUUGUUUGUUGUAAUGCUGGCCUGACCGGGUAAAGAGUAUGUGGAAGAGAGUUCUGAGCCUCUGUCUACAACAGCGGCUUGAACGCGAAGAUGCGGAUCUAGAGUGAGAGAAGGGCGGGGACCCGGAGAAAGAGACACUCGGGGUUGGUAUUAGGAGGGGAGGGUUAGUGUGGGAGGCAGGGAGACUGGCUGUUGGUGCUACACACAGAGGGAUGAAGGAAAGGGACUGAGAAGGAAGGGGGAGGCUGAAAGGGAAAGCUAAAGGGGAGAAAGGGGGAGAAGGAGGCGGCUUAAGAGAAAGAGAAGAGAGGACAGAGUGGAGGAGAGCGACGGAGAAAAGCAGGGAGGGGUGGGGGUCAUAGAGUGACCGUGAAGGACGGGGCUUCUCCAUUCCCGGUACUUCUAAGAUUGGAUACUGAUUGCUGGUGGGGAGACUCCAGCUCUGGCAGCCAGCUGGGCAGCGGCAAAGUAAAAUGAGCAGCGAAAGACAGACGUUUCAGCCACCUUUCCGCCGCCCGGAGAUCCCCGAGCUGUUCUCUCGACAACUCGUUUCUCAGCUGAAGUCUCUCAGGCCGCUGGACCGCGGGAGCCCAGGGAGCGCCUAGAAGCUGGUCCUCUGAGAUACCUUCGCCUGAGCAGUAAGAACUUCCUGCUUAGGUACCCGCAUCCCCCGCCCUCUGAAAAUCCCCGGGGAGAAGGCUGAGGACCCCAGGGGGAGGGGCGAGGGGAAUCCUAGCCCCGCUUCUUCUCCCCUCCUCCUCCCCCACCCGGCGCGCCAGCAUGGAUGUGCUAAGCCUUGGAUCCCGCAACAACACCACUUCCCCAGAGGGGCCCUUCGGGACGCGCGGCAACGUUACUGGCAUAUCCGACGUGACCUUCAGCUACCAAGUGAUCACCUCUCUGCUGCUGGGCACGCUCAUCUUCUGCGCGGUGCUGGGCAAUGCCUGCGUGGUGGCUGCCAUCGCCUUGGAGCGCUCGCUGCAGAACGUGGCCAACUAUCUCAUCGGCUCGCUGGCGGUCACCGACCUCAUGGUGUCGGUGCUGGUACUGCCCAUGGCCGCGUUGUACCAGGUGCUCAACAAGUGGACGUUGGGACAGGUCACCUGUGACCUGUUUAUUGCCCUCGACGUGCUGUGCUGCACCUCUUCCAUCCUGCACCUGUGCGCCAUUGCCCUGGACAGGUACUGGGCCAUCACGGACCCCAUCGACUACGUGAACAAGCGGACGCCCCGGCGCGCCGCGGCGCUCAUCUCGCUCACUUGGCUCAUUGGCUUCCUCAUCUCCAUCCCCCCAAUGCUGGGCUGGCGCACCCCCGAAGACCGCUCAGACCCUGACGCGUGCACCAUCAGCAAGGACCAUGGCUACACUAUCUACUCUACCUUUGGCGCUUUCUACAUCCCGCUGCUGCUCAUGCUAGUUCUCUACGGGCGCAUCUUCCGCGCUGCGCGCUUCCGCAUCCGCAAGACAGUAAAAAAAGUGGAGCAAAAGGGGGCAGACACCCGUCGUGGGGCGUCGCCAACCUCGCGGCCCAAGAAGAGCAUGAAUGGCGAUACGGGGAGCAAAGAAUGGAGGCAAAGCGUGGAGAAUAAGGCAGAGGGGACUCUCUGCGCCAACGGAGCGGUGAGGCAGGGCUACGACGGCGCCGCCCUGGAGGUGAUCGAAGUGCACCGAGUAGGCAACUCCAAAGAGCAUCUGCCUCUUCCCAGCGAUUCGGGUGCUAUCCCUUGCGCCGCUGCCUCCUUCGAGAAGAAAAAUGAGCGCAACGCAGAGGCCAAGCGCAAGAUGGCCCUGGCCCGUGAGAGAAAGACGGUGAAGACGCUGGGCAUCAUCAUGGGCACCUUCAUCCUCUGCUGGCUUCCCUUCUUCAUCGUGGCCCUGGCCCUGCCCUUCUGCGAGAGAAGCUGCCACAUGCCCGCCCUCUUGGGCGCCAUCAUCAACUGGCUGGGCUACUCCAACUCUCUGCUCAACCCUGUCAUUUACGCCUACUUCAACAAGGACUUCCAAAACGCGUUUAAGAAGAUUAUCAAGUGCAAGUUCUGCCGCCAAUGAUGCUGGAAGAGUAGACUCUGUCUCCCCGCCCUCCGGAAUCAACACCUAAGAUAACUUGUUACUUCUCCCCUGAGUUUCUCAGCUGCUUCGCCUGCGGCUUCCAGACUUCGUCCCCCUUUCCCCAACUCCAGAGCCCUUCUGGGAGGGAGUGUGCUCUGUGCAAAGAGGCCCCGGCUCCCAGGUUGGAGGGCCUGGGAAUCUCCCGGGAUCUGUGAGGAGACCUUCAAUCAGACUUUGGCCUCAGAAUCAGUUUCAGUUUUGAUCCUAGCAGUUGACUACUCCCCUUCCUGCCUCCCAAAUUUUCGGAGCGGGAGUUUAAGCCUCAGCCUUUCAAGGCAAAAAAAAAAAAAAAAAAAAAAUCCAUACAUAAAAAUAAAUUGCGCACCCAGUCGCCGCGCCCACUAACAGUCCCCACCUGAUCGUCCCACUGCUAGAACUUGGACUUGAUUCAGGACUUUACUCCAUCCUCUCCGUCCCCACCCCGCCCUCGCCCCGGCCUCUGGCUCCAGAAACGUUCACUUUUUUUUUUCUUUUUAAGAUUUCAUCCUUCCCACCCCACCCCUCACCCCUACCCCCUUUCCCAGCUCCCCUUUCAGCCCUCGUCAGUGCUUAUGUACUAACUGCUCGGCGGAAAAGGGGGGAGGGUUUGUUUUUCCCUGUGCCUGCGGUGUCCCCGGGAAUCCCUGCCACCCCGCCGUAAACUCGCAGAGUAACUCUCCCGCGCACGGCCCCAUGCUUUGUUUUCUUGGAUUCAAAACAAGUGGCCAGAAGCUGUCUCUUAGAAUGGACUUGUAAGUACAAGACUGGGACAGAGGGGAGAGAGAGGUGGGACUGCAGAAUGAUUGUAUCAGUGCUUGGCGUCAGCACUCCCCAACGAGACAGUCAGGGGAAAGGACAGCGGACUCCUCUUUGGGUUGCCGGCGAGUCUGCAAGUGCUGGCAUCGCCAGUUAUCUACUGCGGGAGGCGCCCGCCGGCUACCGCUUGCGCGUCUGGGAUGCCAGGCGGCCGGGGUUCCGCGCGUCUUGCCAGCCAUCUGCUGUUUGGUGUGCGCUCUGCGCGCGGCCGGACUGCUGCAGACCCUCCUCGCCUUGCCUCCGCCUACUCCGCGCGGCGAGCUGAGGCGCUUGUAAGCAAGUUCGGGUAAAGGCAGCGGACAGUGCUGGGUCAGGCCGAACUCUUGGGACCUGAGAGACCAGGAAGGCCCAGGAAGUGGCUUUGUCCGCAGGAAAGAGGGAGGAGGCUUCAGUGCGCGCGGGCUCGGGCUCCAGCCGGCACUCCCUUUGUAAACGGAAAGGGUAAUUUUAUCGGGAGGAUGCACUCUUUUCUCUUAAUUCACCCUCUGGUCCUUAUCGGAUACGCGAUUAUCUCUGUUUAACGCUUUCUAACACUACUAGGAUUUGUCUGCAGGAAGUCCAGGGCACAUAGUUACCAGUACCUUGAUUUUAAAAUAGAAAUUCUGGGCUUUCAAUCAAAUGGCUCGCGAUAGAUUUAGCACUAACUGUGACCUCGGAGGCGAUUAACUUAAAUAAUGGGGCUCCAAUGAAUUAGCCAGGGGUGCUCUCCUUGCUGUGUGUCCGAGAAUCCUAUACAUGGUUACAUUUGCUCCCUGGGCUAACUGUCCUGAGCCACAGGCCUACGGGAAACCUGCUCCUUGACAUUUGAAAAUAUGGAGCAUUCCAAGCUUUCUCCCGCUCAAAAGUUAUUCUUUAAGCCUUGCCACUCCUGCUGAGAAGCCGGCUACCAUCUUCACCGCCCCCAGAAGGGACGUUAUUUCGGUGCUGCGUUUGAAUGUAAAUUUCCAUCCAUAGGACCGCGAACAAGAGGUUCAUUGUAGUUACAUCUGGCCUCUAAUUUUAUGAUAAAUAAUGGUUUCAUUUUCCUGUGAUUGCACUAAGUUUUUAAUUCUUACUUUCCUCUCCCUUCAACUGUACCUUUUGAAUGGUUGCAUCUGCUGUUUUGACAACUGUGUUGCAAAAGUUGCCAUUGAAAAGGUCACUUUAUUUAAAAUUAAGAAGAUGAAAAAAAUAGCUCCAUCACCUGAAGCCAUUUUUCUGUUUGUCAAACUGAAGUAAGCCCUG